AUGCAUUGCUUUAUCGAAACUCUCCCCGUCGAGAUUGUGGUGCUCAUUCUGCAGCAGCUCUGCAACAAGGACGUGGUAUCCUUCUUGACGGCAUUUACAUGCUUUGUCGAAAGGAACCCAUUGCUGAAGGAGUAUGCAUGCCACAAGGUGACCCUCCACCUCUCCCUGACAAGGUCUGGGCUUGGCGUGUUGGCGAAGGAUGGGUUAGAACUGGUAUCCCCGCAAGAUUGGGGUCUGUUCCGGUCGAUGAACGUCGGCCUGGAACGGGCAAAAGUUCAGUGCUACAUUGGACUGGACCAGAUCGGUCGACUGGAGAGACUUCAACGGGUCCGUGUUGUCCAUCAUGAUGGGGAGCUUCUUUCAAAGCUGUUGGAGGUGUUGCCCGUGGGUGUCGUUGUGCUCGAAGUUGUGUUGGACGGUGCGGUGAAGGGGAAAUGGAAGAAGGACGCUGCUGCUGCUGUCCACGACGACUGGCGGUUUGGCAAGAAGGAAAGGGCGUUAAAGAUGGUCACAGUAGUAAACACAUCCAAGUGGAACCAGAAGACGGUGAAGGGCAUUUCGACACGAAUGCUCAAGAGAGACGUGUUGGGUCCGGCCCACAUUACGGACACGGCAAUUCUCCGGAGUUCCUACGGAACGUACGACAUGGGGCCCAACCAAUUGCAUCACUUGGGUCUCUCUCUUGGAAAGUUUCUUUAUGAGAGCCGGGGCAGUGUGCAAAAUAUCGGUGUCUUCGGCAUCGACGCCAUCUGGUUGAUGGACAAGACAGGCUGGGAGUUCCCUGAACUCCGGCUCGUGAAGGUUGGUGGGGAGUCGAUGGCCCGAACGGUGAUCUGGGCACCAAACUUACUCCAGAAGAACCAGGAGAAGAAAGAGUUUGCCAGCGGACAGUUUGUCCGGCCCAUGGUGGUGGUUUUCAGCAAGAUGUUGAACCAGCAGUGCAAAGUUGUGCUCAACGGGAACCGGUACGUGCUCGUCGGCGGGAGCGGCGUUGAGCUGUUUAGAGAGUAUACGUAUCUAUAG